UCCGUGUUUCAAAUAAUAAAAAAAAAAGUUGCGAGUGGUGCCCAAUUGCUCAUUUUCUUUCCAAAAUACGUGAAGCGGCGACGAGACUGGAGGAAACUUUAACCGCGUCCCUUUAUUUUCUCCUUGUUUAGCUUCACGGUACCGGAAAGUCGUGAUGCACUGGACGGCGCUCGUGUUGGCGUUAGGGCUCCUAGCGGUCACUGUUGCCUUGGACAAUGGCCUGAUGCGGACCCCUCCUAUGGGCUGGUUGGCGUGGGAACGCUUCCGCUGCAACGUGGACUGCGAGCACGACCCCAGGAAUUGUAUCAGGCAACAAUUGUUCACCGACAUGGCCGACAGACUGUCAGAGGACGGGUGGCGGGAGCUGGGCUACGUCUACGUCAACAUCGACGACUGCUGGUCGUCCAUGCAGAGGGACCAGCGGGGGCGACUCCAGGCUGAUUCCAAGAGGUUCCCAGGAGGAAUCCGCCGGCUGUCCCGCUACAUGCACGACCGGGGGCUGAAAUUGGGCAUCUACGGUGACAUGGGCACGCACACCUGUGGGGGCUACCCAGGCACACCGCUGGACAAAAUCGAAGUAGAUGCUCAGACCUUCGCCGAGUGGGAAGUGGACAUGUUGAAACUCGACGGUUGCUAUUCCAACGCCACGGUGCAGGCGCAAGGCUACCCUCGCAUGUCCAAGGCUUUAAACGCCACAGGUCGUCCUAUUGGCUACUCUUGUAGCUGGCCUGCCUACCAAGGUGGUUUGCCACCAAAGGUGGAUUACAGUCUUUUGGCUAAGAUUUGCAACUUGUGGCGUAACUACGGCGACAUCCAAGACUCGUGGACCAGCGUGUUAAACAUUGUGGAUUGGUUCUUCGAUAACCAGGAAGUACUGAUCGCUGCAGCCGGGCCAGGACGUUGGAAUGACCCCGAUAUGCUGAUCAUUGGCGACUUUGGACUCAGCAUGGAGCAAUCGCGCUCACAAAUGGCUCUUUGGGCCAUCAUGGCCGCACCUCUCUUCAUGUCUAAUGACCUCCGCACCAUCAGCAGUGGCGCCCGCAGCAUCCUGCAGAAUAAAAUGGCUAUCAGAAUCAACCAGGAUCCUUUGGGUCUUCAGGGUAGACGCAUCCUUAAGGAGAAGAGCAAUAUUGAGGUAUUUUGGCGGCCGCUGUCUAACGACGCGAGCGCGCUUGUGUUCUUCAGUCGACGGGACGAUAUGCCGUACCGCUACCAGACGUCCCUCAGCAAGCUAAACUACACCACGGGAAUCUACAAGAUAUAUGACGUCUUCUCCGGAAGAACCAUGAUUCUUAAAGACUUGGUUAGCUUUGUGGUGUCGGUGAACCCCUCCGGCGUAGUCAUGUGGUACGUCUCCGCACCCGCAAAACCCAGAACCCUCUCACGGCAGUUCUCCCGAGACGACCGACUCGGAGGAUUUUUCCGGGGUUACUUGGCCAACGGCAUCCCGCAGGUCUUCCUGUGACCUUCGCAUUGCCUUAGCUUUGACUGAAAAGACCUCAAAGUGCGAGCUAACGAAGGGUAUUAACAGAGGUAAAUUCCCAAGACUGAAGUGAACUCAGGGUUACUUUUUUUUUUUUUCUUGAAUUUCUCAACAUUCUCUGUGAUACAACAAAAAUUCGCAAAGAUGAUCAAUGACACUGCUGCACUAUGAUAGUUUUGCGUUAUUUUGUCACAAUGUGAAAGUAAGAUUGCACUUGAACAUUUGGUGUUGACAUGAAUUAUCAGCUCUUGUUCUGGCAGAAUUAAAUCUAUAUAAAGAUA